GUGCGACGUCUCUUCAAGGAUGUUUUCAGCAUUUCUCAAGACAGCAAUUUCAUGCUCCAUGAUCCAGCUAGUCAUGAGGACGUCUAUGCAUAUGAAUAUGAAGACGGCCCAGGUCCCAACUGCAAACAUCUCGCCUUUGAUCUUAAAGGUGGGCCCAAAAGCCCCUGGAACGAUAAAGUCAUUGGCUUGCUCCUCGAAGAAUUGCAAAGGAGGGGUGACCAAGAGAGCUGGCCAUUCAGAAGAUCAGAGGCGUAUUUUAAGGAGGUUCUUCAAGACCACUACAAGCGCCUGCGUACAAUUUGGAUGGCUGCA